CAACUACUAAUCCCCAUUAUACGAUACAUAUUUCUGCAGUUCGGAGAAAACAAAGAAUCAUCAUGUUAACAAAGGGCAAAGUACAAGGAGGAGACACCAUUAAAAAGAAUUGUUCAUUAACUUCAGUUUUGAUUGUAGUUGGAUUGUGCGGUUUCUUCUACGUAGUUGGUUUAUGGCAACGAAGCGGUUUCGGAAAGGGAGAUAGAAUAGCCAUUGGAGUUAUCAAAAGAACAGAGUGCAUUACUCUCUCUGAUCUCAUGUAUGACACUCCCAACAAUCACAAUGAUGGUGAUCAUAUCAAGGAAUACAACUACAAGCCGUGUGAUGCAAGCUUCAUCGAUCACACGCCGUGUCACCGUCGCAGCGGCGAAAGCCAAGAAAGGCACUGCCCUGCUCAGCAAGAAAAGUUGAAGUGCCUCAUUCCUGCUCCUAAAGGGUAUUCAACACCGUACCAGUGGCCCAAGAAUAGAGGAGGAACACGGUUUCCUCAAGAACUUGAUGCAUACAUUGAUGAACUUUCAUCUGUUAUACCCUUCCACACGGGAAUGAUUAGAACUGCAUUGGAUACUGAGUGUAGGGUUGCUAGUUUUGGUGCAUACAUGUUUAAGAAAAAUGUAAUUACUAUGUCAAUUGGAGGACAUGAAUCUCAAGUGCAAUACGCAAUGGAAAGAGGUGUUCCUGCUAUCAUUGGCGUUCUUGCAACCAUGAAGCUGCCUUUCCCUUCAGGAUCUUUUGACAUGGCACAUUGUUCUCACUGUCUCAUUCCAUGGGACACAGAAGAUGGAAUGUACAUGAUGGAGGUUGACCGAGUUCUCAGGCCUGGUGGUUACUGGAUACUUUCCGGUCCACCUAUCAAUUGGAAGAAUAACUACCAAGAAUGGCAGCGUUCCCAACUGGAACUUGAGAAGGAGCAAAGGAACAUUGAAGAUAUUGCCAAACUUCUUUGCUGGGAAAAGAAAUAUGAAAAGGGUGACAUUGCCAUAUGGAGAAAAAGAUUAAAUUGCAGCCAACAAGACACUCCACCCAUGGCGGCAGCAGUAUGCAAAUCCACCCAUGCUGAUCAUGUCUGGUACAAGAAGAUGGAAAAGUGUGUAACUCCUAGCCCCGGACCAAGCCGUUCAUGGAAACCAUUCCCAGAGAGGCUCAACGCCAUUCCAUCAAGAGUAAGCAGAGAAUAUGUGGAGGUAUACAAGGAGGACAGCCGAUUGUGGAAGAAGCAUGUAAAUGCUUACAAGAGGGUCAACAAAAUCAUUGACUCAGGAAGGUAUCGCAACAUCAUGGACAUGAAUGCUGGUCUGGGAAGUUUUGCUGCAGCUCUGGAUUCAACCAAAUUGUGGGUUAUGAAUGUUGUGCCUACCAUUUCUCAAAAAGCUUCUCUUGAUGUUAUCUUGGAGCGUGGAUUGAUCGGCAUUUAUCAUGAUUGGUGUGAAGCAUUUUCCACAUAUCCAAGAACAUAUGAUCUGAUCCACGCAAAUGGUGUUUUCAGUUUGUACAAGAAUGUAUGUAGUGCAGAAGAGAUGCUACUGGAGAUGGACCGGAUUCUGCGGCCGGAAGGAGCAGUGAUAUUGAGAGAUGAAGAGAAUGUGUUGAGGAAGGUUCAGAGAAUAGUGAGGGGAAUGAGAUGGAAGACCAAAAUGGUGGAUCACGAGGAUGGUCCACUUGAGCAAGAGAAGCUUUUGUUUGCUGUCAAGCAGUAUUGGGUUGAAGGUGACACCAACAUCACCACCACAUGAAAAUAUCACAGGGCAUGUCUUGUAUUUCUAAGAGAAUAUUUGACUUCACUUAGAUUAUUUUCCCUCCAUUCAUAAUUAUGGUCAAAGGCAUCGCCUUUACCUCAAUUAUACUAAAGAACCUAAAACAAAAAAAAAAAUCAUUUAUUAGAAAUUUAUUACGAGUUACGAAUUUCAUAUUUAGAUAAUAUAUGAAUCUAAAAUAGACAUUGUUUACGAGGAGUGCAGAGGUCAGCAAUUUUUGUGUUUUGUAACUAUUAAUUAGUUAUCAAUAGUAUUUUUAA